CGUCAUCAAGCACAAGAGUCAAAAACCAGCUCCAAAGCUCUCACUCGCUGAACGCCCAAAGCACACAGUCAAUAUGCAGAUGCGAUUUCUCAGUUUCCUGUUCACUGUUUUUCUCUUAACUCCAUCUUUCAGCGCUUUCCAAUCUGAUGAGCUUCUUGUAGACGACGAAGAAUUCGGCCUCGAAGGAGCGCCUCCUCAUCCUCACCAACGCUCCUCUGAUCCUGCACACAUCAAAUCACCCCCAACUCCAACUACUACUCGACGGAAGUUUUCAGAUUCCGAUUCGGAUUCUAAGAUUCAAUUCUCCCUCGAGCACGCCUUUGGUGACUCGGAUUUUGUUCCCGCUGGCACCUUCUCUGCUCGCCUCAAAACUUGGAGCCAUGGCGGCCAGACGCUCACGAAGCUGCGGUUUUCGAGAAAUGAGUUUGCACAAGUGGACAAAGAGAAAUUUGAGAAACUGCUUCUUGGAGAUGAUUUCUAUAGGAUAAGAUUGCCAUCUAAUGUUUUGAGCCCCCCUGGAAGGAAUUACGUUGUCUCAUCUGUGAAAGCCAGAUGUCUUCCAAGGGAGGGUUUGGAUGAGCAUUUUGUUAUACACAUGGAAGGUGUUAAUAUCUUGGGUGUCAAUUAUGGGGCCCCUGGGGCAUGCCCGUACCCUCGGCAAAUGAAACUUCCUGCAAAGUGGUCAUUCAACUCCCAUACGGUUCUGAAGAACAGUGAGCAGGCACCAAGAACUCCAGUAUUUAGUGAAGAACAACUUGGAGAAAAUGGAGAGGGUGAAGCUGUAACACCACCCGAAAGGUCGUUUUGGGCUAAAUAUUGGAUGUACUUGAUUCCCCUUGGACUCAUAGUGAUGAAUGCCAUAACCCAAGCAAUGAAUCUGCCCGAGGAACAAGCUGCAGGACAAGCAGGUGCCCAGCCAGGAGCAGUGCAGCGAGGACCAAGUCCAGCUGUGAGAAGAAGAUAAUCGGUUUAUUUAAGAAUAUGGCCUGAAUGUGUUGCUUCUACGAACCAUAGACGAGUGGAGUUUAGAAUUUAUUGUGUUUAAUUAUUCUUAGCAAUUGGACUGCAACGAAGUGUUGUAAAUUUUCUAGCAACUGAUUUGAGUGUUUCUGUAGGAACAAAUACUAAUAUGGUACAACACUGAAAAUUUUUCAA